AUGGGUGGAUCGAAGGCAGACACCGAGAACAUCGAGGAUGUGUCUCCCAACCAGGGAGAUGACAUUCCGGUCAAAAGCAUGAGACCUAUCAUGCGGUCCCGCGAAGACGAUCUCGGUAUCUGGCAAUCUGUGCGACGAUUCAAGACAGUGUCGCUGAUUGCCAUGACUGCGGCUUUCAGCGCGUCCUUGGACGGUUACCAAAUCAACCUCAACGGCGGCAUUGUCUCCAAUAAAGGGUUUAUUCAGCAGAUGGCCUCUCCAGGGACUUCAAUCAUCGCAGGAAAAUACAUCUCUGCUUGGGGCGGCAUUCAAUCUGCUGGUCAGACUGUGGGUCAGAUUCUGCUGCAAUAUUUUACGGAAAGGUUCGGUCGGAAGGCUGCACUUUACAUUAUCUGGGUCGACAUUACUAUCAGUGUAUUUAUUGAAUCCUUUGCAACAAGGUGGGAUCACUGGCUUGUGGCGAAACUAUUUUCGGGAAUGGGAGUCGGCAUGCUGCAAUCAACAUUGCCUCUCUAUUUGUCGGAAAUCGCCCCAACUCAGCUCCGAGGUUUCUAUAUCAACGCCUACAGUUUCUGGUUUGUGGUCGGGCAAAUUUUCGCGUCGGUAGCGCUCCAGGAGCUCAGUGCUAAUGACCCGUACGAUUUCCGGGUUCCGAUCUACACGCAGUGGGCUAUGGUUGGCAUCAUCAUGGUCAUCUUUGGUUUUCUUCCAGAAUCACCGUGGUGGCUCGCCAGCAAAGGCAAAAUUGAUAAAGCUGCGAAAAUCAUAAGGAGACUGAACGGCAAGGUCGACGGAUACAGUGUUGACGAGCAGAUUGAAGUCAUGACGGCGACAAUUGCAGAGGAGCGAGUCAUUGCAGAGCGCAACUCCGAAGAGGGAACAUGGGCUGUCUUCCAGGGCCGCAAUCGUCUUCGCUUCAUCAUUGCUGCAUGGCCAAAGAUUGCUCAGCAAUUUGUCGGCUUGUCCGUGUUCAACACCUAUGCCACAUAUUUCUUUCAAAAUGCUGGAAGCAAAGACCCCUUUAUGGUCACAGUCAUUCUAUCCUGUGUUCAGCUAAUUUCCAUGAUAAUGACCGCAGUUACCACAGACAAGCUUGGUCGUCGUCCGCUUACAAUUUAUCCCUAUGCAGUGACAUCCGUGUCAGUUUUGUGUCUUGGGAUCAUCGGUUGCUUCGACUAUACCAAGACAUCAACAAGUUCACUUCUGAUUUUCUUUGCUUGUUUGGCAACUCUAUCUACCACGGGUGCAUCGGCCAUCGGAUAUGCUUACGCCGCUGAAAUCCCCCAACAACGGCUGCGAGCAAAGACAGCCGGUUGGGCUCUUGCAUCUUCGAAUAUGGUGGCUAUUAUGUUCAGCUUUUGUACACCGUUGAUGAUCAACAAUGCACCCGUUUCCAAAUGGGGUGUCAAGACUGGCUUUUUUUUUGCGGGCACGGGCACGGUUUCUGUGAUUAUCGCUUGGUUCAUUCUCCCCGAAGUGACGCGCCGAACGCCAGCAGAGAUUGAUGAAAUGUUCGAAAAGAAGGUCAAUCUCCGAAAGUUCAAGGGCUAUGUCACCGAAGUACAGAUGCGCUCAAAUGAGCAGCAGGAGGAUCAAGAGAUGGUCGUCAGAGCUUAG